GCGUUGCGGAACAGUUGACCUAGAGUGCUUUGAUACCAUUGGUUGAGCUCAGACAGUAAUCCCUCACGAACAUUUCUCUUAGAAUUUUUUGAAUGGCAGACAGUCAAGUUUACUGAGAACUUCAAGGAACGCGAUAACUUGUUAACCCUUUAUUCAUUGCAAAUUUGCAUUAAUUACGAAGCGAAUAUUAUGUAAAGUUUAACAAACAUCGCUGUGUCUCGUUCACAGUUCAAAGGAGAAUUCAUAGCGAGCACUCAUUGUAUUGAGAGUUAGCCGCUCUGGCACAAUGUAAUAUUGUUGAGGCAGUUCUUAGUACAAGUUUGAAUGAUUCGUUCCGUAAGUCGAUCAUAGUAACUAUUCGUCUUUGGAAAGCUGAUCCAGCUAUACAGUGUGGUAGAGCGCUGCGCAAGCUCGAUAAUUGUGAAAAAUUUAAACUGUACCAGAUCAAAAUAACCUCUGCAAUAAAGUUGUGAUUGUGAUUUGUAAUUGAUUCAGGGGGAAUAAAGUAUGCCGUGUAACUGCAAAUUCGAUAUUUCGAACGGGGGGCCGCUGCAGCCCUCCGGGUGCGAACGGCACCGGGUCUCCACUGAGCGCAAUGGACACCACCAGCCCCACAGAAGAACUUUUGAUGAGCCCGAAGAUAAUAAUCGAUCCCUCGACGUUAUGCCGAUCGAUCGAUCACAAGAGAACAACGACGAAGUGGAUCUCUCCGUUAGAUAUCCAGAUGGGUCGGUACGCCUGCGAAACCCAAACAUCGAGCUUAUGGACCAGGACAUACUGUACCACUUGGCGCUGGGCAGCGGCUCUCACGAUCUCGUUGAGAUGUUCGGAGACGUGAAGUUCGUAUGUAUGGGUGGCACGCCCAAGCGCAUGGAACAAUUUGCCUACACCAUAAUGGCGGAGAUCGGGCACAAGCUGCCGUGUGGGACCACCCUGCAGGACAUCAGCCAAUUCUCGUACAGGUACUCCAUGUACAAAGUGGGACCUGUCCUCUCUAUAAGUCACGGCAUGGGCAUACCGUCAGUGGGCAUCCUGCUGCACGAGAUCAUCAAGCUCAUGUACCACGCCAAGGUGCGCGACCCGGUGUUCUUCCGCAUCGGCACCUGCGGCGGCAUCGGCUACGAGGGCGGCACUGUCAUCAUCUCUGAAGAAGCCGUCGAUGGUGCUCUCAAAAAUGCUUACGAGUUGACGGUAUUGGGCAAAACGAUUCAGCGCCCUGCCAAGCUGGACAAACGACUGGCGCGAGAGCUGAAGGGUCUGGCAGACCCCGAGGACCCAUAUGACACGGUCACCGGCAAAACGAUGUGCACUUACGACUUUUACGAAGGGCAAGGUCGUCUGGAUGGCGCGUUCUGCGACUUCACCGAAGCGGACAAAAUGGAGUAUCUUGAAAGCAUACACAAGUCGGGUGUCGUCAACAUUGAGAUGGAGUCUCUGGCGUUUGCCGCACUCACCCACCACGCGGGCAUCAAAGCCGCCGUCGUCUGCGUCACGCUGCUCGACAGGCUCAAGGGAGAUCAGGUCCUGGCACCCAAAGAAGUGUUGGAUGAGUGGCAGCAACGUCCCACAAAACUAGUUUGCCGUUACAUCAAAAGAUAUUUGCAGAUGAAGGGCCGAUUAUCACUGGACGGUCACGGCUCGGUGGCUGUGAAGAGCCCUCGGCGGUUCAAGCUGGUGCAGCAGGAGUCGGAGACCUACGACUAAUUCGUACAACGCUUUAUCACGACGCGACGAACAAACGUCAAGGGGAGAUAGGAUUACGGGGGAUGCUUUAUUAUUAUGUUGCAAAAUGUUUUCAGGCGAAAAAUUUUAUACUGGGUGUCCCAAAAACUACGUCGAGCAAAGUCUAGAAGUAGACUAGACACGUCUAGGAAUACCUAAAUCUCCUCUCAGCAUCUCCUAGUAAUCGAAUUAUGAAUUACAUGUGUUGAUAAAAUUGAUGACUGUGAUUUGGUACUCUACAUCUGAGCUAUCACUUGACGUAAUUUAUCUUGACACCCUAUAAAAAGCUUCAUAAUUAAAUUUUGAUCGAAAUUAACGUUCUGUGCAAUGGUGAUCGAAUGUCGUGUCACCAAUAUUAUUAUAUUACUUCAUUGGAUAGCAAUUUACUAUAGCCUCGUAUCGUAUUCCUAUCCUCGGUGAAGGGCCUAUCCGCAGGCUUAUCGGCCAGCUAUGCUGCUUAGCCGGCCCUGGAAGCCAUACUAUGAGUACCUAGUCGACGUUUGCGUCAACAUCGACCAAUCGAUAUGAGUAUUAAUUAGUAGCUCGGUUUAUGUAAGCACAUUUUAUAAACUGUUGAUUACAUGAUUGUUCUUAAAGUACACGAAUGUUUGCAGUUAGCAUUAUCAUUUUUUUGUUAGUAAAAACAUUGAACACGUUCUGUUUGAUUGUAAUAAUUAUUCUAUUCUAAGAAUUGUAUUAGUUUUUAUUACCACAGUGGUUGUAGGUAAAGCAUCGGAUACAAUCAACGAAGUCUAUUUGGAAAAGUUAACACGCUUUACUCGUAUAUUAUUUAAUGUUUACUAGACAUUAUAAGUAUAUUUUUAUUUUGUGUUCCUUUCAUCAGUAUAUCAAACAUGAAAUAUGAAAAAUGUUUGGCACUUUGUGCGUGUUUGAUAAAAAUACAUUAAAGGUGUCUCUAUUAAAUUGAUUGACAUCUACGCAACAGAAUUAAAUUAAUCAUUUUCAUUUAUUUGAACGAUGUUAAUAAAAGUGUUUUGAUCACCAAACAAAGCAAGAACAAUCAAAUCUAAUUAUUUAUGCAUCACUGCCGUAUCUACAGUAGGUACCUACGAGUAGUAGUGGGAACGUUUUGAAAUGUUUACAAAAAUUGUUUAUCGUUACAUUUUCAUUGUGAUUGUACUUCACUAGGUUACUGUAAUGAAAUCAUGUGCAUGGCCUUUGCAGUUUGCUUUAGGCAUAUUUAGCUAACAUUAAAAUAAUGGAAAUUGUUGUUGUCACGUUAUUGAAUUUAGUGAGAGAUGAUGAUGGCGCUGUCAUCAUCACUAGGUGAUUGUCACAAAUAUAAUUAGAUCCAUGAUUUGAUCAACGAAAAAAUAAUGUAUAAGUUUGAUCCGUAGUCAUUUGGAUAUAAUGUCACGUUUAUUUACUUUACAAUUAAUAAUUUAAUCAUUUUCGUGGGGAUCAUUUAAUUUCUAUCUUUUAGAUGAAAACAUUAUCAGAACGUGUGAUGCUCUUAUUGACCAGUGCAAGUCUCGUAAAAUUUGCAGCGCAUGCCGACGUGCAUCCAUAAAUACAAAUAUAUAAAAUAUUGCAUGACACUACUUAUAUUUACAGAUCAUAUAAAACAUAUCUAUCCAAAAAUCUGCAGAGACAGGCAAUCAGUUUGUUUCAUAAUAACAUAUCGUAUAAGUACGAAAUUUUUUAUAAAGUGAAUAUCUCCAGUGUUUCGAAUGAUUUUUCUGUAAGUUAUUUAAAGAGCGUUUGAGAAGUACCAAUUUUAUUAUAAAAAUCAAUUUAGUACAUCAAUAACAAAGUGAUCAGUUGUUUUACUAAAAAAAAAACCUUAUUACUUUAUAAUGGCAAAAUGAUUUCGUUUGCAUCUAAAGUCUGAAAAAUGAUAUCAAAGUGAUAUUAAUACAUACCAAGUGUAUUUGAAAUAUUGUAAACAUUUUUCUUUAUAAUAGUGUAGUAAAAUAAUAUUUUUGAUAAUUGUUGGAGCAAAAUAAGUAGUAUUAUUUAUUAACUUUACAUUUGUUUCACAAGUUUGUGGGUAAUUUUAUGGAGUCUUAAACGACACCUGCAGUCUGCAUGUAAGAUCAUGAUUUUGAUAAAUAUUUUAAAUACGAGUAUGUUUAGAAACCACCAGUAGGUUGACGUUAUUGAUGAUACACAUUGUAAAAAAUAUACAAUUUACAAGACGAAUAAGAUGUAAAUUUGGUAGAGCGAUUACAUGUGCUUCCACUUAAAUUAGUGUAAUUUUGCACAAUAAAUUAGAAACUUAUUUCGAAUAUGUAAAAUAAAUACGUGUUCAUGAUUUACUUACUUAUUUACUUUAUUUUUUCAAAAGAUUCCUGUCGUAUAAUUAAAAAAGAAUUCCUACCUGUAUCCUGUAUUAAUUCAAUACAGGAUAAUGUUUUUGAAAGAUAAUUUUAAAUACAAUUAGACACUAUUCUUAGGGCCGAUUUUUCAAUCGUCGGAUAACUUUUAACUGAAGAAUAAGUUUGUCAUUAUUUGGCAUAUUGACAGUUUCAGUAUGAAAAAUAUGUCAAAAUGACAAGUUUAUUCUUCAGAUAAAGAUAUCUGACGAUUGAAAAAUCGGCCCUUAGUGAUUUAAGUCAAUGUUUUAUAUUAGGUAUCAUAAAAUGUAAAUGCAUAUUGCUGAAUAAUGUGUUGCAUACCUAUUGUAAUUAUACAGAGGUUAACCCUCGGUUUCUGAAUUUAGAUAUUAGACUUGAGCAUAAGUAGGUACUCAUCUUCUAUUUAAGCAUGAACUUCACUACAAUAUCCAUGAGUAGAAAAUGAGCACGUUCAAGCUAAUAAUUUUAAUUCAGAAACUGAGGGUCAGUCCAUUGUCGGAAUGCUUGCAUAGUGUUAAAUAAAUUGUUAGUAAUUGCAUUAUCUUUUAAAUUUUCUCGCACAUCUAACUGGGAAUAUUUUCCAGUAGAAAACAUUUGUAUGGUUGGUUAACUCAAAAACCAUGCAUUUGUUCUACGUUUGAUAUAAAGGAUAUCGUUUAUAACAAUCCUAGUUAAUUCUUAUUUAUAAUUAAAAAUAUAAAAUUACAUAUCUAUGUAUUACAACAUUUAUUAAAAACAAUUAAAGCUAACGUAAAUUUGCUUUUGUAGAUAAGAAACCUAGCGAAAUAUUGAAAUUUAUAUCUAUAAAUAAGCUAGACUUCUCUGUAUCUAUUUUAAAUUCGUAAAUUCGUUCUUGUUAUAAUCAAAACCUUAUUAAAAUGAUAAACCUACUUAUUUACUUAUCAACUUAACAAUAGUUGUUAAAUAUAAGUAAUAUUAAAAAAUAUGUAAGUAAAUACAUUAUUAAUAUCAAACUCCAUCAAAAUGUUUGAGGAUGGACAUACUCGUGUAUUGGUUGAGGCAGCAAAUGCGUAAUAGGAUCGGUGAAGUCUCAUCUUAACAAUUAACAUCUAGAGACGCCUAGUAACCGAGGAAAUAAGAGAGGACAAUUGCUCUACUACUUGGGCUUGCACCUGUAAUACCUGAAAAGUGCUUUUUAUUAGUAGUUUCUAAUUAUUAGGGGAACUAAUUUUAAGCACAAGUCAAGGUUUUUAGAAUGUAAUUUAAUUACGAAGUAGAUUUAAUAAAAGUUUGACGCAAAUUAAAAUUGGCAAGAAAAUUUUCUGUCGAACAGCUAGACAGAAAAUUACUGUGUGACUGCAGCCCGAACUAAACGCGAGAAAGUAAUAGAAUCGGAAGUAUACCUAACCGAUGCACGAUGGUGUGCUACGAAGCUACGAAGGAUAACAAGAAUACGUGUAUUAAUAUGAGGUUGAAUCAACUGAUGGACAGCUUAGCUUAAUCAAUUGUAUGAAUCCCAACUAAUAUUAUAAAUGCGAAAGUAACUCUGUCUGUCUGUCUGUCUGUCUGUCUGUUACGCUUUCCCGCUUAAACCUCGCAACCGAUUUUGAUGAAAUUUGGCAUAGAGAUAGUUUGAGUCCCGGGAAAGAACAUAGGAUAGUUUUUAUCCCGGUUUUUGAAACAGGGACGCGCGCGAUAAAGUUUUUCUGUGACAGACAAAAUUCCACGCGGGCGAAGCCGCGGGCGGAAAGCUAGUUAACUAUAACAUACAUUUAUCAUUUUAAUGAUCUUGUUUGUUUAUUUACCAAAAGUAGGUUUUGUUCCUGAAAAACUGGAUAUUAUGUUACUAAAACAUGUAGGUGAUUAGUAGGUACUAUAAAAAUGCAUUUUCAGUGACGCACGCGUGUAUUACAAGUAAGUGUGUUUGAAAAUAAAUUAAUUAGUCAUAGUAAGUAUAAGUACGAGUACACUCAAACUGUCAAAGUAGAUUAUAGCUUGUCACAAUGUUAUUGUUGAAUCACAUUCUGUGAUCACAUUGCUGAGGCACGAUGGUCCUACCAUUAAUGUUAACAUUAAAAAUACAAAUUAAUUAACUAAUAUUCGGUGUUGAUGUUGAGAAGUUGAACAAUAUGUUGUUGUUAGGUUAGAUAAGGCUGCUCCGACGACCUAAACGUAUUUAAUCUGAAUACAUUACAAUUUAUUGUAUUAAUUACUAUUAUAGAGUAUACACAUUACAUACAUUAAAAGUUCAUAUUCCAAAUUUUUUAUUCGUAUUCCCAGCUAAAACAAAGGUUGAUUUUUAAUAAAACAUUAUUGCACGUUUGACCAAAUUUAUUUAUAUACAAUGUUUUUAAUUACUUACUUAAAUAGCGAAUUAAAUUACUAUUCAUAUAAUUACAGUGAGUAUUUAAUGUUU